AUGUUUUCAUCAAAUAAUCGUUCUACACAACUGACUUGUGGGUUUAAGGUGAACACGAACUCCCCAGAGUGGCAUAAGAGCAUGACAAGGAUUCUAAAGAAGAUCAAAGGAGGGGAUUUUUUGUUAGACGUGGACCAAGGACUAGCAUACAUUUCGGGUGAAGGAGACCCACACAAACUAUUAAAACUAAUGGGUUCGAUAAAAGGCAAGGCAGCUGAAAUGACGUUUGUGAAAACCGGUGGACGACAGCAUCCACAUUAUCCUAAUCUUCUUCAUUACAACUCCAACUCCUAUUACGGCCAUCCACCAUCUUACAACAGUUAUUGGCCGAGUGAUAAUUGUUACUCUCGCCAGCAUCCGCCGUAUUAUUCUCAGUCACUAGCAAUGCAACCUUACCAUCAUCAAUAUCCAUAUCCAGGAUAUAGUAAUUACGGUUAUUAUUAGGAUUUUCAGCCGAGAUCGAGCAAAACCUGUGUUUUAGGGUUUAUUGCUUGUAUCCGACGAAACAUUUUAUUUUCAUUCGAUUUGAAUUUUCUCACUGCUAUAUUUUUGUAUUAGCAGAGGGGAAUCGAGGAAAUUUUCUCAGAUUUUGUCAUCUUUUUUUACGUGUUUUCGUAAAAAGCCGGUCCCUCUUCUGAACUUUUAAUUAAUGAGAACAGACUUGGAUUUGCA